UUUCGAAUGUGUGCAUGAACUGCAGCAGUUCAGUCGGUUUUCAGCUGCAGUGAAUCACAAACAUGAAUUGUGAAAGAAUAGUAUUUUAUCGAAGUUUGUUGGAUAUUUUCCGCCAGGAAAUCCAACUGACUCUUAACAAUUAUGUCACAAAUGUGUCAGCUUAUGUGCCAAACUCAUUGGAAGCACCCUUGAUCAUCCGAUUUGAUUUGAACUACCAGCAACUAGCAAUGGCUGAGGAGAUGAAGUCGAUUUUAAGCGAGAUCCUGGACGAGCCACUGCAAUCGGUGAAAGAUAUGCGAGAGGCGGCCUGGGUUUACAUUUUCAAUCUCCUGGUUGAAAAGUACCCAGAAUCAAGCAUUGGCCUGCAAUUGCAACAAAUCCAUUGUGUCAUUCGAUUCUCGGAUCUGCCAUUGAACGAGCAUUUUGAAUUCGUCCCGUUUCGGCAUCCCGUUCGACUUUCACUCAGUGUGAUGAAGUGUGUGCUUCACAGUUUCGGCGACCGAUAUCAGUGUGUGCGACAAUCAAUUUGGUAUUGUCCCAAGAAAUGCUCCAACAAUCAGAACCACAUCUUGGCUGGUGAACAUGCGUGCAAACACAAUUGUUCCGAAUGCAAUGGCAAUCUCAGCGAAUAUGAGCAUCGUCGAUCCACGUACAACUGCCGUAUGGUGCGAGUGUUCAAUGCCAAAUGUUUGGAGACACCAAUUCGAUACGGGGAAAUUAGCCGUAACGUUCAAGUGAAACUGUCCGAUGAGUUGUGCGACGCAGAAAUGGUGUUGGGUCAAAUUUACGUUCUCAUUGGCACAUAUGACAUUUUAAACCAAACCUACGUUGCGUGGCAAUUCCAACGAAUCAAUGAAUAAAGAGCAAGAUACUCGAUAAUGCAACAGUCAAACCAGCAACACAUUCGAUUUUGAUCUUGCUUAAAAAAUGUUUAUUCUUUUAUAAUUUUAAUUUACAAUAUUUUAUAUAAUAAAUCUUAAAAAUUAUCUAAUGGAAUUCGCACUUUUAUUCCCUUGUUUUAGAUUAAAUCAAAGACUUUUAGUAGUAUAUGAACUGUUUGGUUGAAAU